AUGACAGACGUUCCGGACGCGGAACCGGCCGCGAACGGCUCCAAGGCCGAUUCGCCAACUCCAGAUACCAAGCAAGACAGCCUUGAACACGAUAAAAGAAGGCUGCAUUCGUCUUCUCCUGAACUUCCUCACGAUGAAAACAAUAGCAUAUCUCGAAAUUUCGCCGCCAUGGCGCCCCGACGCGUGAAAGUGUAUCUCCUUCAAGGAGAAGACUGGCUAGAUAACGGGACUGGCUACUGUAAGGGCGAGAUUGACACCAUGACCAAGAAGCCGUACUUCAUUGUCCGCAACGAGCUAGAUUCAGAAGAGAUCAUCCUCAAGUCGUUCUUGGAAGGAUCCAUCCAAUAUCAAAGACAACAGGAGACGCUUAUCGUGUGGACCGACUUGGAAGGCAAGGACUUGGCGCUUUCGUUCCAGGAGAACGACGGUUGCGCCGACUUGUGUGACUUCAUCAUCAGAGUCCAACAGGAGAGCUUGAGUCCCAUGAUCUCGCUAUAUUACGUGCUCUCCACAUUGUACGAUUCCCAGGGGGAUGGGCCCCGAGAGAUCACCGAGUUGAUUACCGGCCCGAUGUCGUACCCCCCAGACGAUCCGACGUUGGACUCCUUGGAUGAGAUACUGGAUAUCAUCAACCAAGGCGCCAACUCUCAGUACACGCGGGCGUGUAUUCUGAAAUAUGUCGUCGAGUCUGGCUACAUCCACAAGCUAUACGGCCUACAACAGGAGGCAGAGAAGAAUCAGGACAUUAGCAGUCUUCAUAUAUUGAGCGACAUCACCAAGUGCAUCCUUCUAUAUAACGAUCACGCUCUCAUGGAGGAGCUCUUAUCGUCAGAGUCGUCUAUUCUAGAUCUUGUGGGUUUGCUUGAAUACGAUCGCGAUCUUCCAUCGUUCAAGGCGUGUCACCGAGAGUACCUUCUCGACGAAUCGAAGUUCAGGUCGGUGAUCGACGUUCCCGUCCCCGCCGCUGAAUCUGGCUCGGACAUGAGCAUCUUCCGCAAGGACUUCAUUCUUUCAUAUCUCAAGAACGUGGUGCUCUCCCGCUGGAUGGAUGACUCCACCAUAAACACGCUAUCGUCUAUGAUAUACGGUAACCAGAUGGACAUCAUCACAUAUCUUUCCAAACCAGACGAUAAUGACAACUUCUUGGGCCGCCUCCUUCUUUUAUAUGACCAGGACCUUUCGAAACCAGAAAACCUCAAAAAAUGCCGUGACGCCGUGAAGAUGCUUCAUCAGUACGUUUCCGUCACCAAGGGUCAGCCAUCUACCCAGAAAUCCGAAUUCUUCACUGCCCUAAUCAAAGCUGGUCUAAUAAAGAUGAUAAAAUUUGCAUUGGAGGGCCUGGAUAGUGUCAUUCGGAGCAUUGGUACUGAGAUGCUUGUUACUGUCAUCGAGCAAGACGUUUCACUUGUCCAUUGUACGCACUAUGACGACAAUAACCAAGUCGAUGAACUUGAUCCGCCACUGAGUGCUAGUCAUCACGAAGUAUGUGAAAGCGAAGAGCCAGUUCUGGCACCCAAUCUUCGACUCAAGCUAUAUAAUGACACAUCCUUCACUUUGGUGUUGUGCAAUUUGCUUCUCACAGACAAGAGCUUGGGACUCAAAAUGCAAGCCUAUGAAGCAUUGCGAACACUACUCACUUGCACGGCGACUAACGAUGAUUUACAUGAAGAUGGGUUUAUGCAGCCUUCAAUUGCCAGAUCAAAUCGUCCUGACCUGGAGAUCAUUGAAAUCAACCAAAGGUUCUUCAAGACAUUUUAUCAACGCGUCGCAAGUGUCUUGUUUAAAGACUUCAUCUAUCUCGCUAGUCAAAAUUCCGAGCUUUUUUCAAGUGCAGAAUCUCGGUUAGCGAAGGAGCCGAUGCUUUUCCAGCACCUCUGUGAUUUAAUUGCGUUUUGCUUCCAAGAACAUGAUCUUGCGCUAAGUCGGGACUUUUUCAUCCUGAACAAUGUUCUCGUUGGGGUCUUGCGUCUAUUAAGCUUGGACACAAAAAUCACACUCAAACUUGCCGCACUCAGAUGCUUCAAGACGCUCAUCAUUCUCAACGAUGACGUCUUAACGCGUUAUAUCAUAGAAAAAGACUUGUUGAGUGUCUUCAUUGAUUUCUUUGAGAUUGUGGCUCAUAACAACACCCUUGCGAACUCGCUGUGUCUCGAUCUUCUCGAGAUCUUGCUCAGAAGAAGCCAUGAGAGUAACUUCAAAGCCCUUGCUUCCAACUUGUACGAGAACCACAAGGGUUUCAUCGAGAAGAUUAACUACGUUUCCACCGGCAACGAGUUCAUACUGAUGAUGGAGAGUGCGCUUAAUCAUGCAGACCCAACAGCGACUAGCAUUGACGAUAACUACAAGGACAACGUUGAAUCACCAAUUGAGAACGAAGGAAAGAACGAUAUUCGUGCACAGGAAUUAUCACCGCUUGAUCCUGUCAAGUACCCCUCGCACAAGCGAAGCAUUGCAUCCGAGGAACCCAACGAAAACGGUAACGGUAAAAUCAGCUGCAACGGCAACAAGGGCUCGAAAAAGCCGAAGGUGUCAGACUACCUUAGCGGAAUUAAGAAGGACGGAGAUCUCAAGACUUGA